GGUUGACAAUCCAUCUGUCCUCAUUCCAGUUUUAUUGAUCGCCAGGAUUACACAUCUCGGCGGGCCAAUUAGAUAAACUAAAACUCCGCUCGGGAUGAAUCGACUUGUAAACGCCAUUUUAAUAGCGGCCGUUGUUUUAACGAGCCUGGUUGCUACUUCCUCGACCUUGUCGGUAAAAGGUAAAGUCUUGGCCAACGGUAAACAAGGUAGUUAUGAUCCUUUCGACCCGGAUCUGCCUUCUUGGAGAGCCGACAACGGACCUUCGGCGGUUGACUGGAACGAUGAAGUAUACCGACUACCAGGCGAUCUUCUGCCCAGCGUCUACACCUUACGACUUCUGCCUUUCAUAGAAGAAGGCAAUUUCACCACCGAUGGCCACGUUACAAUCUUCGUCGACUGCGUCAACGAUACGAAAAACAUUGUGUUGAACAGCAUCGACAUUGACAUUCAUAAAGCGACAAUCACGGUACUAGAUUUAGAUACCAACAGUCCGUUGGCUAUAGUCGGUCUUGAAGACUUGCAGUCGACUCUCCAGAAAAUCGUUAUUAAAACAGCCGAUAGUUUGAAAUCUGGUAAUCGCUACAAAAUCUCCAUGGGAUUCACAUCCAUCCUUAACGAUAAGCUGAUUGGAUUCUACCGCUCGUCCUACGUCGAAGACGGUGUCACUAAGUUUAUGGCCACAUCUGACAUGGAGCCAGCUGAAGCCCGUGUCGCCUUCCCUUGUUUCGAUGAGCCCGACAUGAAAGCUCGAUUCUCCAUCAUUUUGGGUCGCAAUUCAUCUUGGGCUGCUUCCAGUAACAUGGCUAAAAUAGAAACGAAUCCAAUUGAUGGCAUGCCUGGCUAUGUAUGGGACUACUUCGACACGACACCCGUUAUGUCUACCUACUUGGUGGCCAUGAUGGUCUCUGAAUUUGUCAGCACUCCUUCCGAUCCUUCGUUGAGCAACGUCAAGUUCCGUGUUUUGACGAGGCCAGAACUCCAAGAAAAUGCUGCAUAUGCGGCCAAUGUUGGACCAAGGAUUUUGGAAUUCUUCGAGUCAUUUUUGGGCGUCGAUUAUCCGUUGGCCAAAGAAGAUUUAGCCGCCAUUCCGGAUUUUGGACCUGGCGCCAUGGAAAACUGGGGGCAUAUUGAUUUCAAAGAGAGCUAUCUGAUUGUUGAUGAGAAUACGACAGCUGCUAGCAAACAACGCGUAGCGGAAGUCAUCGCACAUGAAUUAGCUCACAUGUGGUUCGGCGAUCUUGUAACUAUGGAAUGGUGGACAAAUAUCUGGCUGAACGAAGGGUUUGCAAGAUAUCUGCAGUACUUCGGCGCCGAUUCAGUUGAGCCCAGCUACCGCUUGCACGAGCAAUUCGUUGUCAACACAUUGCAGAAAGUGUUUGUUACUGAUUCCCUCAGCACAACUCACCCGAUGAGCGAUCCAGAGUUGAAAAGUCACGUUUUCGACACCAUUGAAUACGACAAAGGCGCUAGCGUGAUCCGGAUGUCCGCUCACUUCCUUGGCAUAGACACUUUCCGCCGUGGCCUCAACCGCUACCUCACUAAAAACUCCUACAGCAAUACAAUGGAAGAAGAUCUCUGGAACACUCUGGAAGAGCAGGCCAGCAUUGACGGCGUUAUCCUACCGGAUUCUCUUGCCACUAUUAUGGCAUCAUGGACCCAAACUGAAAAUUACCCGCUGAUCACGGUCAAACGAACCUACAUCGAAGGAGAUGGAGCUUUGGUCCUGCAGAGUCGUUUCUUAUUGCCAAUCGAAGAUAAUAUCGAGGAUGAAGAGACCGUUUGGUGGGUGCCGUUGACCUAUACUCACGACUUCAGCCUUCGUCCUACCACUGCCUGGAUGUCAACCAAAACCAGACAGCUAGUUACUCUGGCAGCCACAAAAGACCAGUGGGUCAUCUUCAACGUUGACCAGGCAGGUUUCUAUCGUGUGGCCUACGACGAAACCAACUACGGACUGAUUGCCGACCAACUGAUUGCUGAUCACUUGCGCAUCUCCAUCAUGAAUCGCGCCCAGCUGCUCGACGACGCCUUCGUGCUGGCCAAAGUCGAAAAGAUUUCCUACACCAUCGCUUUCGAUCUGACCCUCUUUUUGAAAUACGAGCGGAAAUACGUUCCAUGGCGCGCUGUCCUCGACGAGCUCAACUACAUCGACACCAUGUUCUACAAGGAAUCCCAGUAUGCUGAUUGGAAGAUUUACAUGACCUCGUUGGUGAAACCCUAUUACGACUUUGUCGGAUUCCAAGAGACGGAAUCGGACGCUCAUUUGACCAUCUUGUCCCGAAACGAUGCUUUGAACUGGGCCUGCAAACUGAAGAUUGCCGACUGUGUCACCAACGUACAAAGUCAAUACGCCGCUCUGAUGCAAGAACCAGACAUGAGGUUGUCGCCGAAUCAGAGAAACUUUAUCUUGUGCGCCGGAGUAGAAAACGGCCGUCAACUCGAGUGGAAUUUCGCAUAUGAUCAGUAUCGCUCAACAGACAAUGGCAAUUUCCUUGUCGCCAUGACGUGCACCAGAGAGAGCAGCAUCAUCUACGAUUUGCUGAGCAAGAUGUUGGAUCCCAACUCGAUUCGAUCCGAGGAUGUCGACACGCUUUUUGGCAACUUGGCCGCUAAUCCAAUUGGAAACACCAUGGCUUUGGAUUUCUUAACUCGUCGCUGGAAUGAUAUCGAAAAAGCAUUGGGAACAAGCCAUUUUGUUUACUUCUUCCGAUCGCUGUGUGACCGCCUUAACACACCAGCCCAAUACGAUCAGAUGAUCAAAUUGCGCGACGAUCACAUUGAUAUUCUGAAUUCGACUACGGUCGAGCAAGGCCUUGAUAUUGUCCGAGCUAACGUUGAAUGGAUGACUCUAAACCAAGAGGAAAUCGGCGGAUGGCUCAAAAACCCUUCGACAGCGACGGCAUUGCCUACAACUGAGCCAACCACCGUGACCACAACGGAGAUCGUGAUAGUGACAACUACGGUAGAACCUGGAACUGAAGACACUACUACAUCGACCGCUUCUUCCACGGCCUCCACGACCACUACCCCAGCACCGACCACUACUACCCCGGCACCAACCACAGCACCAACCACUACCGCGGCACCAUCAUCAUCUGGUGCCACUAUUCAACCCUACUUGUGUCUUACACUCGUAUUUGCUGUCUUUGGUCGUUGGAUUCUCCAUAACUAAGAUUAUGGAAUAACUACUAUGAAGAGUAAAUUUUUUUUUCGAAAUCUUGCAACGGAAAAAUUCAACAAAAUUACUUGUGCCAUUUUUCCCCAUUAAACGAUUGAGGGAAAAAUAAAAAGAUUACGAUAGACGAUUGAGUAUACCAAUAAUCCAAUAUACUGCGUUCUAAUCAGA